UAACUCGCAAGAAGUUGCAAGAAUUUGCAGGAAUUUACCAGAAAACAUUCCCGUACUCGGUUCUCUGGCAAAGUAGGGAAAAAGUGGGAGAGUAAAAUCGGUCCAUUCUUUGUUAGAAGUUGCAAGCAACUUUUGCUGGUAAAAUGUCAAAUGAUUUGUAAAUUUAAUAGGCAAAAACAAAAGUACAUAUGCAUUUUCACCAUAUUAAAUAUAUCGUAGCGAAGAAAUAUAAAGUUUUGUGCUCUCCCAUUAGAUUUGAGUAUGGUAAUCAGAAUGCAAUAAUUUCCAGCAGAUUCGUGUGCGGUAUCGUGUGUUUGAGAGUACAAAUCGAGAAAGCACCAGUGAUUUCCACCACGUGUACAUGUUCACGAGCUGCAGUAGCGCCUCUGCCUUAGGUUUGCCCGAAAACACAAACCAACAAAUCGCAACGAAAAUUAUAAUUGAAUGCACAAAAACUAGAGCGAGGAGAUCGAAUAUCAGAUGCACUAUUAGCAUAAACGUGAUUGCACAGAAAAGUAGAAAUAUAUAUGGGCUCUUGAUCUGGAUUUCUUUUGAAAUACAAAAAACAUUACAAAAGUUUUGAAGAGAAUUUGCAAGCGAGUUUACUGCCGAAACGUCGGGAACACCUCCAACUCAAAAAACAUCAGCACCUGUUGCUGCUGCAGGUUCGCCAGCAGUUGGCCGUCGUUCUAAUAAGGUGUUAACAGUGGCAGCAACGGCGGCGUCACCUGCUGCUAAAAACACGGCAACAACGACAACAACGGCGGUCCCAUCAUCAUCAGGUUGUGGAGCAGGCACUGGUGCUGGUGCGGGGACAGAAACUGGUGGCACAGGUGGCGGUGGUAUCGGUGGUGCACGUAGUCGUGGUGGGCGGCGGAGUCAUAGCACUAUUCCGCAGCAGCAUACUAUUAGCAAUACCAGAAGCGUUCACAAUAUUAAGACUAGUGCGAGCCGCAAAAGCAACAUUCGCAGUUCUUCGUCCAAUAGCACAAUGGCAUCGUCCAAUCACCGCGGCGGCGGCGGUGUUGGCGGUAGUUCGGGCCUACAAAUUGGCUCGGCGUGGUUUCAACGCAAAAUCAAUUUACGACCACAGCAUAGAGGUGUUCAUUUAGUCACAGAGGAGAUACUCCGACAAAUGCCCGAAUUGGGACAGUUUUCAGUGGGAUUGUGUCAUGUGCAGAUCCUUCAUACAUCUGCGAGUUUGGCGUUAAACGAGAGUUGGGAUCCAGAUGUUAGAGACGAUAUGGAAAUGAUGUUAAAUAAAAUAGUUCCCGAAGGCCUACCAUAUAGGCACUCGUGCGAAGGACCCGAUGAUAUGCCGGCGCAUGUGAAGGCCUGCUUUCUCGGUAGCUCAUUGACAAUCCCUAUAACUGAUGGUAAAUUAUCGCUUGGUACAUGGCAAGGCGUUUGGUUAUGCGAGCAUCGCGACCAGGCGGGCUCACGCAAACUAGUUAUAACACUGUCCGGAUGUCCUCGUGAGACAGCGCGCAGUCCGCUGUCGCCAGUAUCGCCAAUCGCUUCGACAUCCAGUUAGGGAAGGCCUCGCUCCACUCGCGACAGUCGGUAAUCGCGGGGGAGCGACAAUAAUGGCAUCAUUUCGUCGAGGAAAUUAAUUUUUAAUGGAAAUUUAGCUAAUUCCAAAACCAGCACAACAACAAAAACGGGGGCAGCAGCAGCCUCCGCGGCAAUAGCAAAAAAAAAACAAACGGCUGACAUGACUGCAGUGGCAGCAGCGCCAACAACAACCACUACUUGUGCGAAAGAUGCGACUAAUUUAUCUAAUAUAACUACGAACACGUUAUUAAGUAAUAGUAGAAGAUUGUUAAUGAAAAAUCAAUUACGUUUAAAUUUAAAUGUAACGGAAACAUUGAAUGUUGAUAGUGAUGAUAAUAAAUCGGAUUCGAUGGAGACGGGAACAUCAAGAAUAGAGUUCAAAUGGGAUGGUGUUAACGUAGAAACCGUCACAACAGUGCCUCAACAACAACUACAACCACAUGAGCCAAAACAACAACCAUUUAGAAGAGAAUAUAGCAAAGUCGAUGCAGUGGGACACUCGUCUACAAUAGCAACGCCAGUUAAAGGAGAAGUAGGAGCUGCAGCAGCACGAGUAGCAGUGACAUCGUUAUCAUCACCACCGUCAGUGUUGAGUUCAUCAUCAACGGUAUUAGCUAAAUUUAACCGAAUCAUCGACAGUACAAUGCCGGAAACCAACUAUUAUCAGCAACACCAGCUGCAAGAGCAACAAGCGCACGACAAUAUGCAACUUGCAGUUCGCACCAGCUUAGCACCAUUAAGCGAUGCGCUACAGCAGCGCCUAGCGCUAGUCCAUCCUGGCAUUGUCGCGACUGAUUCGCAAACUAAAAAAACUAAUUUCACAACAGCAACAACAACAGCAGUAGGAACAGUAGCAGCGGCCACAGCGAAAACAUCAGCAGCAACUGCGCAUGCAGCAAAACCGAAAGCGAAACUGAAAGGGAAAUCCGCUGCUUCGCUUGCUCGUCUGCGUUCGGCGGGAGCGGAAAUAGCAGCAGAACGGGAAGCGGCUAACGUGGGGGCCGCAGCUGCUGUAAUAGCACCAUCGCACGACGAUAAUCAAAUGAAACGAAAUGAUGUGCAUUAUUUGUUGAAACAAUUAAAUAGUUUUAGUGAUAUUGAGGAAAUAGAAAUUGUUGAUAUGGAGCAAAGGCAGCGGCAGCUGGAUGAGCAACAGCAGCAACAACAGCUCGCUCAACAGCAACAGUAUAUGGGGCAUGGAGUUGAGAAGACACACUCACCGACAGCGCAAUCUCUUGUGAUAAUCUCGCCAUCGUCGCUAUCGCACAAAGGCAUACGACGUUAUGCGUCACUGCACCAACAGCAGUGCACACAGUAUCCGCUUGACAGCGACGUACUGAUCGACAGCGUCGGGCAGCAGCAAUAUUUACUGCAGCAAUUCGACGACUACCUUUUUCAGUCCUGCCACUAUCUGGAGACAAACUAUUUUGCCGCCAACUAUCGCACUGCCAUGGUCGAGAGCAGCUCGCAUGACUUUCGGCCUUCUACGACGUCGACGACGGGUACAUCGGCAGCAUCUGUCUCUUCGGAGCAAUCUCUCCAGCUUCAGGACGCUGAGCCGCCGAGCGUCAUAUGCAAGGCAUCGCCCCUAGCGUCUGCGACACCGCCCAGAAUAACAGCACCUGAAGCGCCAACAUCUAGGGGUAGACUCUAUGGAAUGCAAGCGCGGUUGACGAACAGCGGCGUACAGACCGAAUUGACUGCAACCUCACUUACGGACGCAUCUUUGGCGAAGAGCAGCAGUAGUUCGGCCAGCUCCGAAGAGCAACGUCGACGUGCACCAUUCUUUAAGUGUUGCUACACACCCAUCGAUCGCUGGCGUGAGAAGCGUACCGCAGCUCACAUGGCAGCAGCAGCACGAAAGCGUGUCAGUAGGCGUGCCUCAGUGCAGGCUGGCGGUGUUGAUGCUGCAACGUCGGUAAGUGGCCGUGCCUGUGUCAGCGCCACCGUCGGACAGCAGCAAAAGGCGCGUAAAAAUGAGCAUGCAGUCUGACAAAUCGAGUGCGCGUUGGAGUGUGUAGGCGUAAAUUUGAGAAAUAGCAAGCCACCAAGUCUCGAAACGAUCAGCGUCGCUGUCUUUUUGCGAUAUCAACAAUUUUUUCUAUUUCGAAUUCAAACUUGGGAUAUUUACUAACCACACAUUCGUAUACUCGAAAAUAUCUCAAGUGGGUUAUUUGUAUUUGUUAGUAACAUAGAUAAAGUGAAGAAAUGUUAGCGCAUUGCGCUCAAACGCGUAAAAUUUAAAUCUUGAAAAAAGUUCUAAAUGUUAACGCUU